UAUAUUUUUAAUAAUAUACUACUUAACAUACUUGCUCUUCUGGGAAUGCGAACUGAUUACAUGGAACGAUAAGCGUGUGCUAUUGACAUUAGAGUGCACUUUCAGACACUCAGUUUCCCAUCAGAGCUUGGACCAUGAACAUUCCUCCUGCGAUCUUUGCCCUAGUUUGGGGCAUCCUCUGCCUGAGCUACCCACCUCCAUCUGAGGCCGGAAUGGUGGAUUGGACAGCAGGCAAGCGGCUGGUCUACGAGAGGUUGACACAACAGGAUUGCGGUGUCCUGACGGAUCUGCUUCCCAACCAAAGGAUACGUCGGCGGAUCACCGGUGGCAGGAAGUCGUCGCUAAUGUCCCAGCCUUGGAUGGCAUUUCUCCAUAUUCCAAAUGAUAUGUGCCAAACGUGCCGCUGUGGAGGGACUCUUAUCUCAGAUCGCUUUGUUUUAACUGCCGCGCAUUGCCUUAAAAUAUAUCCCCUAUCUACGGAGAUCAAAGUUCGCCUGGGAGAGCUCGACAUCAGCUCCACAAGUGACUGCACCACCUACAAUGAUAGGCGGAUUUGCGCUCCGCCCGUGGAGGAGUUUACGGUCGAGAAGUGGAUCCUGCACGAGGAGUUCAACAUCUUUUACCCCGGCUAUGAUAUUGCCCUGAUAAAGCUGGACAGGAAAGUGGUCUUUAAAGACCACAUUCGACCCAUAUGCCUGCCCCUGACCGACGAACUCCUGGCGUUUACUAUGGAGAUGGGAAGACCCUACCUGGCUGUGGGCUGGGGGAAAACGGAGAGCCGCCAGUUCGCCAACGGCACUAUGGAGGUCUAUAUAAACACUGAGAAGUGCUCCGGCGGCUGGGACAGUUCGUUCCUCUGCGCCAAUGGAGAUUAUGUAGACACGUGCACUGGGGACUCCGGUGGACCGCUGACAUGGUCGACCUUGUUAUUCGGCAAGGCUCGAACGGUACAAUUUGGUGUGGUCAGCACUGGAGGCAAGGAUUGCGGCGGUGGCCAAAAGGCGUACUACCUGGAUGUACCCACCUUUGUGCCCUGGAUACUCGCCAUGAUGGAAAAGUUCUCCGAUUUUUAAGCAAACUCGGUUAAAUAUGUAAAUACUGCAUAAUUUUCGGUUCUUUUCGGUUAUUUAAAGUCUACAAUUAGUAAAAGCUGACAGUUAAGGCUAAGAGA